CUUGGCAAACAGUGGCCUCGUGAUGGUAGACAGUAUAUAGAGAGAUAGAGGAAAGAAAGGAGGUCAGCCUUUUGGAUUCCAGCCUGUCUCAAAGAGAAAAGGUAAUUCAACAAAGAGGGACAUUUUAAAAAACGAGGGGGACAAGAAGAUGUUGAGAUUUUGGAUGCUCCUAUUCUUUGUGAGCUUAACAGUGUCUGUAAGCGAAAAGAAACAAAAAUGCCUGGAAGGAGGUAAUCAUAAGCACAGACCUACCGAAGAGAAUAACUUAAAAGAAUGCACCCUAUAUACCAAAUCCUCUUGUUGUCAUGCAGACAUUACAGAGGAAUUAGCUCAUUCUCCAGUAAUUAAAGUAAACACCACCUACUGGAACAGAUGUGGAAAUCUCAGUAAAUCGUGUGAGGAUUAUAUGAAGAAGCUUGAGUGCUUUUACAGGUGCUCACCGCAUGCUGCUUUCUGGGCACACCACCAAUAUGAAGCUGCUAUUGAUUCUGUUCCCAUGUGUCAAAAAUUCUGUGAUAACUGGUAUGACGCUUGUAAGAAUGAUCUCACCUGUGUCAAGAACUCUCUGACUGACUGGGAGAUUGAUGAAAGAGGAGAAAAUCACUGUAAGAAUGAGUGCAUCUCCUACAGUCAGAUGUAUGCCAAUGGGACUGACAUAUGCGAGACCAUGUGGGGCAUUUCACUCAAAGUUAGCGAUUCCAACUGCCUCUGCCUGCAGAUGAAUGAAAUGGAUGAUAAAGUGAUCAAAAUCAUGAAGGAGAGGUCUUCCAAUAGUAGCACAACCACCUCCACCACUAAAGAUGAUGAAGAACUGUGUCACCUCCAGACAGACAAAAUAAAGCAGGUGGAAGAGAUAAGAGAAGACGCCACAGGCAUAUAAUGUCAGUGGUAGAAGAGAGUCUUAGGAAUUCGACAAUACUUUCUUCAGCAAAAGAUCCAACUGCAGUAAAGUUGCUAGGACCAAACAUCAGACAACUUCUUUCUAGGCACACCUCCCCUGAUGACACUGUUUGUUCAUUUUAAUUGUGCUAUUAACAAAUUGUUCAAAGGCUGUUUGUGCAUCAGACUGUCUUGGAUAGGAGGGAUGGGAAACAUUUAUUUGAUAUGACCAGUGCAGCCAUUUGCAUAACCAGACAGGACAGCUGUCUCAUCAGCUAUGUGGAUAGCUGUAGUAGAAACAUCAGAGACGCAUGAAGCUACUUUUGUAUUUCUUUGUGACAGGUGUGUUUACUAUUUCAUAAUGGCAGUAUUUGUGUUUAAAACAAUUACACCUUCCUGGUAUCCUUAUCUUUGUCCCUAGUCCAGGAAACUCACAGAUUUCUUUUAAGACAUUAGAAUUAUGUUUAGUAUUUUUUGCCAAAAUAGGGUUUAGUGCAUGUGUUUUUCAGCUGUUACAUCCAAAUCAGUGUGUAUUUUCCUUAAGCGUCAUUAUUCACCCACUCCUUUUUAUCCUGGUUUCUUCUGCAUUUUAUCCAAUAUAUUGCCUUUUGUUAACUUCUGGUGUACCUGGAAAUACAAUUUUUGAAAUAUGACCUUUCAGACAAUCAAAAUGGACAAGACAGGCUGUUCGCACACAUAGGAUGACCUGCCAAAAAUAUGGACAGCCAUUCAUAUUAAUUGGUGGUUUUUAAAUUGCUGUAAUAGGUUACAUAAAGGCUUUUCAAGGAAUCUGGCAGAAACAUAUUAUUAAGGUCUGUUGAAGCUAUCAAAAUUAGGCUAAUUCCAGAUGGGUAAAAAAUAAGCUCUCUGAAAGUCUCAGGUUUGCUCUUGUACAAGUCAAUGUUAUUUUGGAGAUCUAUUUGACAUUCUCAUUACAAAGUAUUUCUUGGUAGCUUCCUGUGUCACCAAAUAUCUUAAUUCUCACUGCUUAUGUCAGUUUAAAUUGACCCAGUACUUUCCAAAAUUAAAUGUUGCUUACUUUGUAUGCUUCCGCUGUCUCAGAUCCACUAAAGAUGGCAACUGUCUAGUAAACACAAUGAUUGUCUACAAGACACAAAUUCCAGGAGGUUGCAUAAGGAAAAGACAAAUGUUAGCACUUAAAACAAAUUUAUCCUAAUCCUUUAUUUGUAUAACAUUGCUAAAGCACUUUGACUAUAAUUCCUGAAUAAUUUUUAGAAAGGCUCAGUGGAUACUAGUGAAAAUCAGUUUCUGAAAUGUUGCAUGAGAUUGUAGGUAACACCUGAUCUAGUGAGAGGACCUGAUGUCAACCUGGGAAUAUGCACAUACAAUCAAAGCAAAGGGAACUGGAAAUUCUUGAUACUUUUAAGCUGUUUGUUGAUUGCUCAGAAAUAAAAUAUACUUUCUAUGUGCCUAUAUGAA